AUGGAGCAUUUGGCUGGAAGCGGGCUCAGUUCUUCGCCUGUGACUUGCAUCCACCAUACCACCGUCUCUGCUAGCAUGUCAAGCAUGAGCACUAGCAGAGGGAUUGGCAGAGGCAUUAACAGAGAGGUUGGCAGUGGUGCUGCUGGUUUAGGAAGCCAGUUUAGCAGCAGCACUCAAUCGACCGCAUAUUCUUCUUCAUCGCUGUCGCUGCUAGAGAAGCUUCGCAGCAACUUCCGCCAGCAAGGGCACACGAGUAGUUUCCCUGGACACCACCAGUCACCAGCCAGGGUUCAGGGUUUCGGGUUUACCACGACGAGGCUUCAGAGCACAGGGUUUAGCAGGAGAGGAAGCAGUGGGUUUAUCUCUCCACCAGCAGCAGCACUCGGGCCGACAGGCAACCGGGCUUUAGCCGCUGCAGCUGGCUCUGAUAAACCCUUGCUGACCCGCAAGCUGACUUCCUUCUCUUUCUCCAGCAGUUCCCGUUCUCCCAAAGACUUGGAUGCCGAGAGGGAUGGGCAGCAGCAGGGGCAGGGGAAGGAGCAGGGGCAGGGGCACAGGCAGGGGCAGGGGGAACGGCAGGUUCAGGUGCAGGCAGUGAGGGAAACGGAGGGAAUGGGGGAGGAGGGGCAGGGGGGCAAGGUGGAGGAGGUGGAGCUGCAUGAGGAGGCGGUGCAGUCGUAUGUGUCGUAUGCCAUGUCCGUCAUUGUCGGCCGCGCGCUGCCGGACGCCAGGGACGGGCUGAAGCCAGUGCACAGGCGAAUCCUCUACGCCAUGCACGAGCUGGGCCUGGCAUCAUCCAAGCCUUUCCGCAAGUCGGCUAGAGUCGUGGGAGAGGUGCUAGGUCGCUUCCACCCGCACGGCGACACAGCAGUCUACGAUGCCCUAGUGCGCAUGGCACAGGACUUCUCACUCCGCGCCCCACUUGUGAACGGGCACGGCAACUUUGGGUCCAUUGAUGCUGACCCUGCUGCUGCGAUGCGCUACACCGAGUGCCGCCUGCAGCCCCUCACGGAGAAGAUGCUUUUGGAAGACAUUCGCAGCGACACGGUUGACUUUGCACCCAACUUUGAUUCAUCCACCAACGAGCCAACAGUGCUGCCAGCUCGGAUCCCUGUGCUUCUGCUCAACGGCUCUCAAGGGAUUGCGGUGGGCAUGGCGACCAACAUCCCCCCGCACAACUUGACCGAGCUUGUGGACGCGCUCUCAGCCUUCAUUGACAACCCCGCCAUCACCACGGAGCAGCUCAUGCUCAUCUGCCAGGGGCCGGACUUCCCCACUGGAGGGGUCAUUCUCGGCACGUCAGGCAGCAUGGAGGAGGCGUAUCGCACGGGAAGAGGGUCCAUAGUGGUGCGAGGGAGGGCGUAUGUGGAGGAGCAUGGAGGAGGCGUAUCGCACGGGAAGAGGGUCCAUUGUGGUGCGUGCGGGGGAGGGUCUAUAAUGGAUUCCCGCUUCCCUCCCUUUUCCCCCAUUCAGCAUGGAGGAGGCGUAUCGCACGGGAAGAGGGUCCAUAGUGUGGUGCGGGGGAGGGCGUAUGUGGAGGAACUGGGCGGCGGGGGCGCAUGGAGCAGAGGCAACCGGCUGGGGAUUGUGAUCACAGAGCUCCCGUACCAGACGAACAAGGCCGCCCUGGUAGAGAAGAUGGCAGAGCUGGUGAACAGCAAGGUGGUGGAGGGGACAAACAAAGCCGCCCUGGUGGAGAAGAUGGCAGAACUUGUUAAUAGCAAGGUGGUGGAGGGGGUGAGUGACAUCCGCGACGAGAGCGACCGGGCGGGCAUGCGCGUGGUGGUGGAGGUGAAGCGAGGUGCCACCCCCAUGGCUGUGCUGGCAUCGCUGUACAAGCACACUCAGCUGCAGUCACGCUUCAACUGCAACCUGGUGGGCCUGGUCAAUGGCGAACCCAAGGAGAUGACUCUCAGAGACUUUUUCCAGGUCUUUCUGGACUUCCGCUGCCAGGUCAUCGAGCGCCGAACCUCAUUCCAGCUUCGGAAAGCAGAGGAUCGGGAGCACUACGUCCAGGGUCUGCUGAUUGGCCUGGGAAGUCUGGAUCGAAUGGUGGACAUCCUCAAGGCGGCUGCCACUCCCGCUGAUGCUGCUGCCACCCUCCAGCAAGCCCUCGGCUUAUCCCCCAUACAGGCUGAUGCUCUUCUCAGUACACCACUCCGGCGCCUCACAUCCCUCGAAGUAUCGAAGCUAGAGGAGGAGCACUCCCGUCUGAAGGCAGACAUAGCGGACCUGCAGGGGCUACUGGCGAGCAGAAAGAGAAUCCUGCAGACAGUGAAGCGCGAGGCCCUGGCGCUCAAGGACGAGUUUGGAGGGCCGAGGAGGACGAGGAUCGAGGCGGAUGGGACUGCCGGGGACUUGGAUCCUUCUGACGUCAUUCCCAAUGCCACCGUGCUGCUGAACCUGAGUGAGCGGGGGUAUGUGAAGCGCAUGGCAGCAGACACGUUCUCGGCUCAAAAGAGGGGCACAGCGGGCAAGUCGGGUGGCAAGCUCAAGGCAGACGAUGCCAUGGCUCGCUUUGUGGUGUGCCGCACCCACGACACCGUGCUCUUCUUCAGUGACCGGGGAGUGGCCUACACCAUGAAAGGGUAUCAGAUUCCCGAGGGCUCCCGCACUGCCAUCGGCUCUCCCAUCUCCCAGAUCGUCCCCCUACAGGACUCAGAGCGCAUCACAUCGAUGCUGCCAGUGGGGGAUUUCUCAGAAGACGCCUAUCUGGUCAUGAUGACGCGAGGGGGCUUCAUCAAGCGCACUGCUCUGCAUGCGUUCAGCGACACGCGCAAGAGCGGUCUCAUUGCCAUUCAGCUGGGCGACGGCGAUGAGCUGGCGUGGGUGCGGAGGGCGACAGCUGGCGACUCCCUAUUGGUCGGCUCGCAGUUUGGCAACAUCGUUCGCUUCGCGUGUGACGACGACCAGCUGAGGCAGAGUGGGCGCACGGCGAGGGGAGUGAGGGCCAUGCGACUGAGGGAGGGGGACAUCGUCGCUGCCCUGGAGAUCGUGCCAUCCGUCGCCUCCGAGUCCAAGGACGGGGGCCCAUGGGUGGUCAUGGCCACUCGCAACGGGAUGGGCAAGCGUGUUCCCACGAACCAGUUUGCCAACCAGCGGAGGGGGGGCGUGGGAGUCAAGGGCAUCAAGUUGGGCCAAGGGGAUGCACUGGUGGUGCUACGUCUGGUGGGGGAGGGCACUGCUGACAGAGACGGCGUUGACACCGCCACUGAGGCAGGUGCUGCUAUGGAGUACGGGGAGCUGCUAGUGGGCAGUGACGGCGGCAUAAUCAACCGGCUGCGAGUGCGGGACAUCCCCAUCCUCUCCCGCACCACACGAGGAUGCCGCCUCAUGCGCAUAGCCUCGGGGGAUAGCCUGGCGUCGCUUUCACUGGUGCCGGGCGCUGCAGAGGGCGAGUUGGAGGAGGAUGGCGUGCCCCUGGCGUCGCUUUCACUGGUGCCGGGCGCUGCAGAGGGCGAGUUGGAGGAGGAUGGGGUGCCGUUAGUAGUGCCUGAGGGAGGGGUGAGCGAUGAGGAGAGUGAGGAGGAGAAGGUGGAGGGAGAGAGCAGGGUUAAGGCGAAGGUGGUCCUGGCAUCGCUGUCGCUGGUGCCGGGCGCUGCUGAAGGGGAGCUGGAGGAGGAUGGGGUGCCGUUAGUAGUGCCCGAGGGAGGGGUGAGCGAUGAGGAAGGAGGAGAGGAGAUGGAGAGUGAGGAGGAGAAGGUGGGUGGGAGCAGGGUAAAGGCGAAGGCAGUCCAAUAG